GCAAGGAUUUACCAUGGAAUUAAAACAGUUUACUUUCAAUCCAAAGGAAGGAAUUGAUAAUCCAGCUCUAGUGAUCACUGAUGAUCCAGAAGCGGAUCAGAAUGUGGUGCCCAGACUGUGCCAGCUGAAGCGUCUAGAGGGACAGAGCUUUGGCUUCUACCUGCGGAUGGACCGGAGCAACUGUGGAUUUGAAAUCAGAGAUGUGGAGCCAUGGAGUCCUGCAGAGUGCAGUGGCCUCAAAAACAGAGACAGAGUGCUGGAGGUCAACGAUGAAUAUGUGGGCAACAUGGACUUGUACAAGUUGGUGAGGAAGAUCCAGUCAUGUGGCUUACACCUGUUUCUGCUAGUGUUGAGGAGAACAGAGUAUGAACAGGCAGUAUCUAUGAGUGUGGACCUGAAGAUGCUGGCCAAGUACUUCAAAGGUGACCACUGGUCCAGACCCAGACUAUGUCACAUUUGGAGACAUCCAGAGUAUGGCCUGGGGAUGACCAUCAACCCUCUGGAAGGUCAGAAAGGCCAGUACACUGUGAGCACAAUGACUGAUGGUCCAGCAGAGAAAGCUGGUGUCUGCACUGGAGACAGACUGAUCUGGAUCAACGGAGUCCUUGUGUCAACGCUUACAUACUCCUCUCUCAGCAAAACUGUGAGGAAGAGUGGAGACUCAGUGACAGUGCUGGUCACUGACAGUUUGAGUGAAGCCUGCUAUGUGAGGAGGAGGAUGCCCAUCCUGCCUGUAGUGGCAAAAUGCAAUUGCCUCCCCCACUAUGCCAAAACCAUGUACCUAGCUAAAGGACCCAAUGGAUAUGGCUUCCUGCUGAGACAAGAAAAGCUUGUAGCCAUGCAUUUGACAGCAGAGACCUGGAACACAUCCAACUUCCUCUUUUUUCUGGAGUUGGAAAAAUACGCUUUUUCAGCUCAGCUCACGAUUUCUUCUAAGAUGUUUUACGGCAAGAGAAGGGAGAAUGUUGUCACGCCAGCCCACCCUGCCAUCAGCAAUGAUGACGAGGAUGAAGAUGACGAUGUGGCAGACCCUGUGUCCCACCCGACCACAACGUGGACAUUCCAGGCCCAAGCGACAGUGACAGUGACAGCGACAGUUACAUUAAUGAUGAUCAUGAUGAUGAUAAUGAGCAGCCAGCACCACAAGCCAAGAGGCCCAGCAAACCCAGUAAGUCAGCAGCCAGGCCAAUCCACUCAAGUCCAUCAAGGAGAUGGAGAAAAGGGCUGUCCCUCAUGGUACAUGUGA